CCAGGGAAGCCCAGUGUGAGCUGAACCUUGCCCCAGUCAGCCCUGCAGCAGCAGAAGAGGCAAAACACCACUCUUUUCUCGAGCCAAAGACCAUGACAAGCUGGUUGUACCUCCUACUGCUUGGCACCUCUCUGGCAGUGCACUAUGGGGAAACCGUUUUCCUAAAUCAAGAAAAGGCCAACAAUGUCCUCAAGAGGACCCGGAGGGCUAAUAGCCUAUUUGAAGAGGUCAAGCAAGGAAAUCUUGAGAGAGAAUGUCUUGAAGAAACCUGUUCUUUUGAAGAAGCCAGAGAAGUCUUUGAAGACAAAGAAAAAACAACAGAAUUCUGGAAUAAAUAUAGAGAUGGUGACCAGUGUGAAAACAAGCCUUGUCAGAAUCAAGGGCUCUGCAAAGAUGGCCUUGGAGAAUACACCUGCAUAUGUAUGGAAGGCUAUGAAGGCAAAAACUGCGAAUUUUCAAAACUAACACUCUGCAGCUUGGAUAAUGGAGAGUGUGACCAUUUCUGCAAAGAAGAAAUGAGCACCGUGGUAUGCAGCUGUGCUAGUGGUUACGUCCUGGGAGACGAUGGCAAAUCCUGUAUCACCACAGAACCCUUUCCAUGUGGAAAAUAUACAGUGGAAAGAAGGAAGAGGUCAGCUAUAGAACCCGACAUGGAACGUAUCUCUUCUUCAUCCUUAAAGGAGAGUUUACCUGCACAUUUGGAGACAGAGACCCUGGGUCCCACAAAGGAUCCUUUAAAUGGGCUCUUCCCAAAUUACACAGAAACUGAAGACGAUGGAAAUGAUUUCAUAAGGAUCGUUGGCGGAAGAGAUUGCAAUGACGGAGAGUGUCCAUGGCAGGCUCUUCUCAUAGAUGAGAACAAAGAAGGCUUCUGUGGUGGUACAAUAUUGAAUGAAUACUAUAUCCUUUCUGCUGCUCACUGCAUGUACCCAUUGAAGAGGUUCCAAGUGUUGGUAGGUGAGCGGAACACCGAAAUCGAAGAUGGCAAUGAAGAGGCCCAUGAAGUGGAGAAGAUCUUGACACACAAAGGAUUUGUCAGAGAAACCUAUGACUACGACAUUGCUCUCAUCAAGUUAAAGAACCCCAUCCGGUUCCGAAGGAAUGUAGCUCCUGCGUGCUUACCAGAAAAGGACUGGGCUGAGGCCGUUCUGAUGAAUCAGAAAACGGGCAUCGUCAGUGGCUUUGGACGCAUCCAUGAGAAAGGCCGCACUUCCACUAUACUCAAAAUGCUGACAGUUCCCUAUGUUGAUCGGAACACAUGCAAGUUGUCCAGUUCCUUCACCAUCACCUCCAACAUGUUCUGUGCUGGCUAUGACAACAUGCCUGAAGAUGCCUGUGAGGGAGACAGUGGCGGCCCCCACGUGACCAAGUUUAAGGACACUUAUUUUGUCACUGGAAUUGUCAGCUGGGGAGAAGGAUGUGCUAGGAAGGGAAAAUAUGGAGUCUACACAAAAGUCACUGCCUUCCUUGGAUGGAUAAAGAAAUCCAUGAAAACAAAGAAAGUUCUGUAGAACUGGCUGAGGCUUCUGUAGCAGUGGUCUGUUCCCCUUUCUAACCCUUUGUUUGGCUAAAAGCUUCCUCUAUAGGUUAGUUCCAUUUACUACAGAAUGUUCUGAUUAAAAAGAAUUCUACUCAAGUGAUCUUCCGGUAGCGUUGGGGGUGUGUUUUAUGCUCCUCUUCUGUGGUUAGGGUUCCAGGUCUCAAAAGGGAAGAUUCAGUACAACUCCAAAUCUCCCUGAAGCAAUAUCAUUGUUCUGAUUCCACUUCAGGUCCUCCUUUAGUUACUAAAUUGCCAUUUGGUCUGCUGUUGACACGGGUUUUCUCUUACUCAAUCUGAAGCAGUAAAAUUCCUGUCUAGACAACUCGUCCUCACCUCGCCCUUGCCAGCUUGGAUAUAUUUUCUUUUAGAAACCCCAUCACAUUUUGCUAGAAAUCUAGGAUAUCCUGACUGUUCCUCCUGUUUCAUAAGAAGUGCUAUUUUAAAAGAAAAUUAAAACAUUUUGUAUUAGCAGA